GUGAACAACAACUUUGUUUUUACCUUAUAAAAAAUAUCGAAUAUAAACCAAAAAUUGAAAUCUGCGUUAUUCCUAUUUUAGGUUAGAACUUCAACAUUGCCGACUUUUUGCAAAUAUUUAUGAAAAUUGAUAAGCCUUAUAGUUAUGCAUCUAUGCAUACAAAUACGACAAGAAGACAAAAAAGGAUAGAAUUGUGUUACCACUUGGAAGCUUUUAACCCGAAUGCGAAAAUGACAUCUCAUUGUAUUGUCUCCCUUACGCCUCAUCGUGACUUCACAUUGAUUAAAUGACGAUAUAAUUUGCAAUUGAUUGCAAUUGUAUGGCGUAGAAAGAUAAAGUGGGUGCGAUCAAAACAAAGUUUUGAAAGAGCACUGUGGAAUACAAUUGUGCAUAGUUCAGGAGCAUAUUUAUAUUUAGUUGCGCUUAGCUAAUCUAAUCGGAAAGUCAUGCAAUUUUUAAGAAACGUAAUACAAUGGAAUCUUUUUUUAGGCGCUUUCGCCUUCAUCGUUUCUUACAAACCAGUGAUCAUCAUGCAUGGGAUACUUUCUGGAGCAGAUUCAAUGAAAUCUUUGCAGAGGGAAAUUGAAUUGUUACAUUUUGGUACCAAGGUUUACAAUUGUGAUUUAUUUAGCAACUGGUUCAGUUUGGAAAACGCUUGGAAGCAGGUAAACGAAUUAAGAGAUUAUUUCCAAACCAUUGGAAAAUUGCACCCGGGAGGUAUAAUUGUGAUAGGACAUUCCCAGGGGGGUUUAUUAGCGCGCGCAACCAUACAGACUAUGCCAAAUCAUAAUGUGAAAGUUUUUAUAUCUUUAUCUUCACCACAGGCUGGACAAUAUGGCACGAAUUUUCUCCACUUAAUAUUCCCCGAUUUGGCAGCAAGAACCGUUUAUGAAUUGUUUUAUUCCAAAGUGGGGCAGCUUACUUCGGUUGCUAACUACUGGAACGACCCUCGUAAGCAAGAUUUGUAUCGUAGAUAUAGCGUUUUCUUGCCGUACAUCAAUAACGAAAUUCAAACUUCAAAUUCAUCGAUUUUUAGGACUGCUUUAACACGUCUGGAUAAAAUGGUUUUGAUUGGUGGUCCCGACGAUGGUGUGAUAACACCAUGGCAAUCAAGUCAUUUUGGUUUUUUCAAUGGAUCUCUUGAUGUGAUCCCUUUUAAUGAGCGAGAGAUCUUUACUUCGGAUACUAUUGGUUUGAAAACACUAGCCGACCAUGGUAAAUUAGUUAUUGUGGUGAAACCAUUUGUACAUCAUCUUUCUUGGCAUCGAAACAGAAACGUAAUACGUGAAGUUAUACUACCACAUUUGAUAUGAAAAAAUGCAACUAAAGGCUAAAUAACGAAGUUGCCAGUUGUGACUACAGAUGUUGAGUACCUUUGAUUUGAAAUAAAACGAGUUAAGACUAAUUAAACGCGCUUUAUUUAUUAUUCGUGAACUAACUAACACGGUUCACAGUUAUUUUCUGAAUUGUUAUACGCUUGUCUGUCCGCUUGACAAUACUUGAAUUGUUGUGUUCAAGCCGCAUUUCGCAAUUUUUGUUUUGAUGAAAUUAUGUUAUCCCACAUGUAGCUCCUUAUUGUAAAAAGUCAUAUGAAUAACUGCGUUUAGAGAACGCAUGUAGGCUAUUGAAUGGUUAGCCGUGACCCAGUGAAGAGUUUUUACUUGUUUUAAAACAGAAAGGAAGUCAUGCUCUUAUUGAUAUUGAUAUCCCUGCUAACAUAACGAAAUCGCACUAUCACAUUACCAGUCAUUUGACUGCUUAGUAUCUUGGUUUAGUUACUUAUAUGGGCAAAUAUUGAGUGAAAAGGUGGUUGAUUUAACAUUGACGCCGUCUUUUUAUUUAUUUAUUUAUUUUAAUCCUACUUAUACAUGAAACUACACAAAUAACAG